UUAAAUAUUUGUAAAGGCCACAUUUUGUCAUCGUUGGAUAUACAUAUAUGUAGAACAAACGGCGAACAUGCACUCUCAAGGACAGGGCCCACAAUCGCAGUCGUCGGCACAUUCCCUAUUGCAACAGCAAUCAAUUGUAACAAUCAACAGUGCAGUUGGGAAACAAAAUGAACAUCAGCAAUCCCUAUCAUCUGUCGGUUUACUGGAGUUGGCUCAUAGAGAAUACCAAGCUGUGGAUUAUGAAAGUGCAGAAAAACAUUGCAUGCAAUUAUGGCGUCAAGAUAGUACAAACACUGGAGUGUUGUUAUUGUUGUCAUCAAUUCAUUUUCAGUGCAGAAGGCUUGAUAAGUCUGCGCAAUUUUCUACUUUGGCAAUAAAACAAAAUCCUGUACUGGCUGAAGCUUAUAGUAACUUAGGAAACGUUUACAAGGAACGAGGGCAACUGCAGGAAGCUUUAGAUAACUAUCGCCGAGCCGUACGUCUUAAGCCUGACUUUAUAGACGGAUACAUUAAUUUAGCUGCUGCAUUAGUGGCUGCUCGAGAUAUGGAAUCUGCAGUACAAGCGUAUAUAACAGCAUUACAAUAUAACCCAGAAUUGUAUUGUGUGCGCAGUGAUCUGGGAAAUCUUCUCAAGGCUCUUGGUCGCUUGGAAGAAGCUAAAGCUUGCUACUUAAAGGCAAUUGAAACCUGCCCUGGAUUCGCAGUUGCAUGGAGUAAUUUGGGCUGUGUUUUUAAUGCACAAGGAGAGAUUUGGUUAGCUAUACAUCACUUUGAAAAGGCGGUAACACUCGAUCCAAACUUUUUAGACGCAUAUAUAAAUUUGGGAAACGUUCUUAAGGAGGCCAGGAUAUUUGAUAGAGCUGUAGCUGCUUAUUUGCGUGCUUUAAACCUAUCGCCGAAUAAUGCUGUAGUCCAUGGAAAUUUGGCAUGUGUUUAUUAUGAACAAGGCCUUAUUGAUUUGGCCAUCGACACGUAUAGGCGCGCAAUAGAAUUGCAGCCAAAUUUCCCCGAUGCAUAUUGUAAUCUUGCAAACGCUCUCAAAGAGAAAGGACAGGUCAAAGAAGCUGAAGAUUGCUAUAACACUGCCCUAAGAUUAUGCUCAAAUCAUGCAGAUUCUCUAAACAAUUUGGCGAACAUAAAACGAGAACAAGGAUUUAUUGAAGAGGCUACACGCCUUUACCUGAAAGCGUUGGAAGUUUUUCCAGAUUUUGCUGCUGCCCAUUCAAACCUAGCAUCUGUUUUGCAACAACAAGGGAAACUAAAGGAAGCAUUAAUGCAUUACAAAGAGGCUAUUCGAAUCCAGCCCACUUUUGCUGAUGCAUAUUCAAAUAUGGGAAACACACUUAAGGAAUUACAAGACGUUAGUGGGGCACUGCAAUGCUACACUCGAGCCAUUCAAAUUAACCCGGCCUUUGCUGAUGCCCACAGUAAUUUGGCGAGCAUCCAUAAAGAUUCAGGAAAUAUUCCAGAAGCAAUUCAAUCCUACCGUACAGCCCUUAAAUUAAAACCCGACUUUCCCGAUGCAUAUUGUAAUUUGGCACAUUGCUUGCAGAUUGUUUGUGACUGGACUGACUAUGACGUACGAAUGAAAAAGUUAGUUAGCAUCGUUGCUGAACAGCUCGAAAAGAACCGAUUACCAUCUGUACAUCCACACCAUUCUAUGCUUUACCCCUUGACGCAUGAGUUUCGGAAAGCCAUUGCAGCACGGCACGCUAAUUUGUGUUUGGAAAAAGUUCACGUACUGCAUAAACAACAGUAUAAUUUUGUAAGAAAUUUGCCAAUCAAUGGAAGGUUACGUAUUGGCUACUUAAGUUCUGAUUUUGGAAAUCAUCCCACCUCUCAUCUAAUGCAGUCUGUACCAGGACUACAUGAUCGUUCAAAAGUCGAAAUUUUCUGCUAUGCCCUAAGCUCUGAUGAUGGAACAACUUUUCGUUACAAAAUAAGCCGUGAAGCUGAGCACUUUGUCGAUCUUUCACAAAUUCCUUGCAAUGGAAAAGCAGCUGAUAAAAUAUAUAAUGAUGGAAUACAUAUUUUGGUAAAUAUGAAUGGUUACACAAAAGGAGCAAGAAACGAAAUAUUUGCCCUUCGACCUGCUCCAAUUCAAGUUAUGUGGUUAGGGUAUCCAGGCACUAGUGGUGCCAGUUUCAUGGAUUAUAUUAUUACUGAUGCUAUAACUAGCCCACUGGAUUUGGCGUACCAAUACAGUGAAAAGUUGUCAUAUAUGCCUUUUACAUAUUUUAUUGGCGAUCAUAAGCAAAUGUUCCCUCAUUUAAAGGAACGUAUUAUUGUGUGUGACAAACAACAAUCUUCUGUUGCAGAUAACGUUGCUGUUAUUAAUGCAACUGACUUAUCGCCUCUGGUGGAAAAUACAGGUGUAAAAGUGAUAAAAGAAGUAGUUAAUGCGCAAAAGCCCGUCGAAAUAACGCAUAAGGUCGCUGAACUGCCAAGUUCCACCCAAAUAGUAUCCAUGAUUGCUUCUGGGCAAGUUCAAACAUCUCUAAAUGGUGUGGUUGUUCAAAACGGCUUAGCGACUACACAAACAAACAAUAAAGCCGCAACCGGAGAAGAAGUGCCGCAAAAUAUUGUUAUAACAACACGUCGGCAGUAUAUGUUACCCGAUGACGCUAUUGUUUACUGCAAUUUUAACCAACUUUAUAAAAUAGACCCACAAACGCUUGAGUCUUGGGUAGAAAUUUUAAAAAAUGUGCCUAAAUCGGUUUUAUGGCUAUUAAGGUUUCCUGCAGUUGGCGAACAAAAUAUAAAAAAAACUGUCAGUGACUUAGGAAUAUCUCCUGAUAGAGUAAUUUUUUCAAAUGUAGCUGCUAAAGAAGAACAUGUACGGCGAGGGCAAUUAGCUGACAUAUGUCUCGACACUCCAUUAUGUAAUGGUCAUACUACAUCAAUGGAUGUAUUGUGGACAGGAACUCCGGUUGUCACUUUACCAGGAGAAACACUAGCUUCAAGAGUGGCUGCCUCUCAACUGGUAACACUUGGAUGUCCCGAGUUAAUAGCACGUACUAGGGACGAAUAUCAAGAUAUUGCUAUUCGUCUAGGAACACAAAGAGAAUAUUUAAAAGCUCAACGGGCAAAAGUAUGGAAAGCACGCGUUGAUAGUCCAUUAUUUGAUUGCACGCAGUAUGCCAAAGGCUUAGAACAAUUGUUUUCUCGAAUGUGGGAAAAAUUUGCGAACAGUGAACUUCCUGAUCACAUCUCGGCAGUGGAAGAAAAGUGAAAUCCAUCCUGUCAACUUGAAAUUUGACAAGAAUUUUCAUGCAUGCUUCGGAACAUCAAUUUUGUGCGGCAUAUAUGUUACAUGUAUACCUAAUUUUUCUGUAUAAGAAAAGAAAGUAAAGUUUAACUAUUUACAUACUUAUUUUUGGUCCAUUAAACCGGCUCUUAUAUAAAAUUUUAUCCUUUAAGCUUAAGACGUUACUUUGUAUUAGAAAUAAAUAUAGUCCUACGGGAUACAACUAGACUUGUGCGGUAAAUAAAAAAAGUGCUUGCGAUUAAUAAAACUAA